AUGGGCGAUGAGGUCACCAUCUCCUAUGCGACCACCCUGGCGGAUGGAACGCCCCUGGAGUCGCUACAGAGCAAAGGCGCUUUCACCUACAAGCUUGGCGCCGGGGCUCCCUUUCGAGGCCUGGACGAAGCGGUAGCCUCCAUGCGUCUCGGCUGA